AUGGCAGAAAGAAAGAGAGUGCCCGCCCAGACUGAUCAAUCCAUGGCAUUCCGUUCCCAAAAGGAGAUGUUUGAAAAGAUGGAGGAAUCUUUCAAAGUGUGUGCUCAUUGUGAGAAGAGCUCAAAUCAGCUGGCAAACCAUCAAAGCCUGAAGCGCUGUUCCAGAUGUUUGAAUGUUUAUUACUGCUGCAAGGAGUGUCAAAAGGUCAACUGGCCUAAACACAAAAAGUUCUGCCCACAAUUGCGUCUCGCAGCCAUGGACAGAGUAGUGGAAUGGCUCGUGUACAAAGGAGAUCUUCCAUUCCCUACGGGCAAAUGGUCAAAGCCCGAAUCCGAAAUCAAGAACUGGGACGACUGGCUUGCCAUGCAGGGUGAUCUUACCGCUUGCCUCGACCCCAUUUUGACAGGAGCAAACAUGGAGAAAUUGUGGAACGACGCAAGCAGGACUCGACCUGAGCAUAAAGACUUGAGCGAGUCCAUCUGGAGAGUUUGCAGUGAGUUCUUCUCCAAACCUCUCACCAUUGCCUGGGGAAUGAGGCUGUUUGGCCUGAGUCCAUAUUCUAAACCUCUCACCAUUCAUCUGGUGGGAGCUGGCCAAAGCGAGACUCUUGCUGCAAAAUUGACAGAUUACGACGAACUAAAUAAGAUGUUCCCGGGGCACCAAGGGAUAGAAAUUGUCAUGGUGGGACCAGAGUUGAUGAAGGGGCCCAUCAUGAGGCCUCCACUUACAGCCUUUGGGCCAAGGCAGAGAGUCUAUAUCAGUGCCUACGAGGGCCUAUAUCAUCAGUUCUGGGAGGAAGUGGUAGAAAAAGAGGAAGCAGCCAAGCCUGAUCUGGUGGUUGGAUUUCAUCCUGGAUUUGAUGCCAGUCAAGGUUUGGAGCAAGGUUGGCUUCCAACACUCCUACUUCUAAGGGACUACGAAAUCCCUUCUCUUUUCACUGCGCUAAGCGAGGCAGAGAUGACCUACUCGCUGCAGAUCCUGCUGGAGUUGGAGAUGAACAUGAAGGGAAGUGGUGCCAACCCAUUUGCUUCACUCAAACCAGAAGUGGUGGGCUCAUGUCCCAACAAGCCACCUGAUUACGGCAAUUCACAUUACUUUUGUUUUCAAGGUUUAAAAGAGAUUGUGGAGUUUGAAGAACCAGAUGAGGCCUCCAUGUAA